CAGGGCCGGAACAUGGCGGCGCCCUCGGCCCCGCGGCCGCCCCGGCCCCGCAAGGAGCCGCAGCCGCUCGUCAUCCCCAGGAGCGCGGCCGAGGAGCAGCGCCUCCGCCUCGAGCGCCUCAUGAGGAACCCGGAAAAGACUGUACCAAUUCCUGAAAAACUGAAUGAAUGGGCACCUCGACCUCCCCCGGAGUUCGUUAGAGAUGUCAUGGGUUCCAGUGCUGGGGCUGGCAGCGGGGAGUUCCACGUGUACCGGCACCUCCGUCGGCGAGAGUACCAGAGGCAAGAUUUCAUGGAUGCCAUGGCUGAGAAGCAAAGACUAGAUGAGGAAUUCCAGAAGAAACUGGAGAGGAAUAAGAUGAUUGCAGAAGAGCAAACAGCAAAACGCAGAAGGAAGCGCCAGAAGUUAAAAGAGAAGAAACUGCAAGCUAAGAAAAAUAAACUUGAACAAAAGAAGCAGGAAAAAGAACCUGGGCAAUCCCAAGAGCAAGGCAGCAGCGAGGAUGACGAAGAAGAGGAUAGCAAGGAGGAGGAAGAGAAGGAAGAUGAUGCUGAAGAGCCAAGUUUUGUAAUGGGAAGAGGAUGAGGCCUUCCAGGGACAGCUGGAAACACUGUUCAUUGCUUUAUAUUCAGGAGCAUGAAAAUCUUUCAUCUCAGCCAAGCAGAACCCAUUGGCGUACGUUACAUCUGCUUAGCGGGGCAUGGCCUUCACGUCACAGGCCUGAGAGAAAAUGAUAGAGAAAUGCCAAAUAAGAGAUGUUUUCUUAAUUGCUUGUAUAACUGCUGUGCAGUCUGCUCUAAGUUUGCUCUAAAGAGUCAGCCAUAAGUCUCUAUGACCCUAGAGUUCUUUCUGAAAUGGCCCAGAGUGUUUUUUCUGUCUGAAAGCUAAAACAUAACUAUUACCAUUUAAGGGAAAUAUUACUGUGAAGGCUACGUAUUCUACUUAUCUUGAAGCUGGUAGCAGUGGGAUACGUGAAUCUAGGGGAAGAGUUUAACCUGAAGUAGAAAAGUGGUCUGUAGCCAGACUCUCCUGCACUGUGAGUGUUCUGCAUUUGGGGUUUUGUAUGGGGUCAUCUCUAACCCAAAGAAAUCAGUUUAUGUUGCUAGACAAGUUCUAUAGAUUUUUAAUCUGGAUCCCUUUUUUAAUGCUAAAACUUUCCCUAUUGCUUUUCUUCCAUGUUUUCUAAAUUAAUAAAAGGGAUGUGUUGGA